CUGGAGCAGAUCUCCUCCGCGCCGCCCGCUUCCAGACAAUAGCUGGGGAAGGGAAUGGGCGCUGGGUUUAGACCUUCCCCGACUGGGAUAGGGGCCAGGCUGGCCAGAGAAGCCUCCUAAACGCUUGUCUCCUUUCCAUACAGUGCGGCCCCUCCUGCCCUGCCCCUGCUCUGAGCAUGAUGGACCUGAAGGUGGACGAAGAGGAGGUGGAAAAUGGGCAGCCGGUCAGCAUCGAGGCAUUCGCCAGCAGUUCCACGCUGCACGGCCUGUCCCACAUCUUCUCCUACGAGCGCCUCUCUAUCAAGCGCAUCUUCUGGAUCCUGUGUUUCCUGGGCUCCUUGGCAGUGCUGGUCUUCGUCUGCAAUGAGAGGAUCCAGUACUACUUUCGCUACCCUCACGUCACCAAGCUGGACGAGGUGGCUGCCACCCACAUGACCUUCCCAGCCAUCACCUUCUGCAACCUCAACGAGUUUCGCUUCAGCCGGGUGACCAAGAACGACUUGUACCAUGCUGGGGAGCUCCUCGCCCUGCUCAAUAGCAGGUACGAGAUUCCGGACACCCAAAUGGCUGAUGAGAAACAGCUGGAGAUCCUGCAGGAGAAGGCAAACUUCCGCAACUUCAAGCCCAAACCUUUUAACAUGCGGGAGUUCUCGGACCGAGCUGGCCAUGAUAUCCAGGAAAUGCUGCUCUCCUGUUUGUUCCGUGGGGAGCCAUGUGGUCCCGCUGACUUUAAAGUGGUUUUCACACGCUAUGGAAAAUGCUACACCUUCAAUUCUGGCCAGCCUGACAGGCCACCCCUCAUCACCAUGAAGGGGGGGACUGGCAAUGGCUUGGAGAUCAUGCUGGACAUUCAACAGGAUGAAUACCUCCCGGUCUGGGGAGAGACAGAUGAGACGUCCUUCGAAGCUGGGAUUAAAGUGCAGAUCCACAGCCAGGAUGAGCCACCUUUCAUUGACCAGCUGGGAUUUGGGGUGGCACCUGGCUUCCAAACAUUUGUGUCCUGCCAAGAGCAGCGGCUUAUCUACCUUCCUCCACCCUGGGGUGACUGCAAGUCAGUGACAGUGGAGUCUGAAUUCUAUGAUACCUAUAGCAUCACUGCUUGCCGCAUAGACUGUGAAACCCGCUACUUGGUGGAGAACUGCAACUGUCGUAUGGUGCAUAUGCCUGGUGAUGCCCCGUACUGCACCCCUGAACAGUACAAGGAAUGUGCAGAUCCAGCCCUUGACUUCUUGGUAGAGCGAGACAACGACUAUUGUGUAUGUGAGAUGCCCUGCAACGUCACACGCUAUGGUAAAGAGCUGUCCAUGGUGAAGAUCCCCAGCAAGGCCUCAGCCAAGUACUUGGCCAAGAAAUACAACAAGAGUGAACAGUACAUUGGGGAGAACAUCCUAGUACUGGACAUUUUCUUUGAGGCUUUGAACUAUGAAACUAUUGAGCAGAAGAAAGCAUAUGAAGUAGCUGGACUGCUGGGUGACAUUGGGGGACAGAUGGGGCUGUUCAUUGGGGCCAGUUUACUGACUGUCCUUGAGCUUUUUGACUAUGCCUAUGAGGUUAUUAAGUACCAUCUCUGUCGCCGUGACAAGUGCCAGAAGAAACACAAAGGGAACAACAGUGACAAGGGUGUUGCCCUGAGCCUGGAUGAUGUUAAGCGUCAUAAUCCAUGUGAGAAUAUCCGAGGCCAUCCAGCAGGCAUGACAUACGCAGCCAACAUCCUACCUCACCACCCAGCCCGAGGAACUUUUGAGGACUUUACCUGUUAACUGACAACUGGAUGUACAACUAACACUACCAAAGGGAAGGGCCCAUGCUGAGCAGCUUUGGCCCAGCCCAUGGACCUGCCAACCUUUUGCAGGGCCUCUAUCUCAGACUCCUGGGGAGGCAGCAGAAUCCAGCCUCUCCUCACCCACCCGCCCCAGGCCAAUGCAGCGAUACGCACAUGGAGCCAGCUGGACAGAGGUGAGGCUUAACUGCCAGACCCACUCCAGUUUCUGCUCUUGUUCCAAUGAGGCCCUUGGACUUUUAACAUAGCAGAAGUGCUGCUGGGAGAACCCCCUGCAGUAUCAAGUGGAGGUGAGGGCACAGCCUUCCCCAGUCCACAAACACUGAAGUCUUAACUGUGUGUCCCUCCUUCUGUAUCUGUCAUGCUCCCUAACCACAGCAAGCCUUCUGUGGCAGUGGCCAUUGUGUGCAAAGUCCUCUCUCUCUUUUAAUCCGAAUGCCAAGAAGAACUUACAGGAACAGAUAGAGCCAGACUGUUUCUGCGGCAUUCUGUUUGUAGAGGCUACUUACCUAUCCAAGGAAGUGCUGCUUCAGUUCUCUUCCCCUUCCCACCAUCUGGCUGUGCACUAUGGGAGGCCAAUGGUCAGAGCCUUCCCUGGAGCAAGACUGCGAUUCAACUGUGAGAGCCACUUCCAUAGGAUGUGUCAUCAUCUGCUCAUCUCAUCCAACUGGCAGCUUCUCAUUUGACGUGGCCUGGACUCUGCUCUUCCGUGAGCCCUAGCCUAUUCCAUCCAUCAUCCCAGUCCACCAUGAGAAAGGCAGGUAGCAAAGCUGUUCCAAAGGUUAAAACAUUCGCAUGAUGAGCUGCCUGGGCCCCUUCUGUGCAUGUUAUUAGGAAAGAUGUGACAAUUCUUAAGUAGUGAAGUUCAGAGACAAGUCUGCCAUUUUACAGAAUUCUCAGUCAUGUACAAAAGAGAUUGUUUUCAAAGAAGUCACGCUUCAGGGUCUGUAGCUGCUAAUAGGAGAAGAAAGCAAUGCACCUGACUUUUGAUCUGGGCUUUCCUCUUUAUUUCCCAUGAUGACAUGGCAACAUUCAGGGUAUUCCUGCAGGCAGAAAUAAUGCACCAACGUUACUUUGGCUGUCAGAAGCUUAUCACUCGCUUCGGCUAGAAAGAACAGAAGGGACUUUCAGGGUAAUGAAAAGGGUAGUUUGCUUUAGUACAGUGUGGAAAAGAUAUUGCCCCUUAGCUUUUAAGGGCAAAAAUACUUUCUUAUCACUUUCAGCCAAGAUUCUGGGGGCAAGGAUUAAGAUACCGCUCUGAGACAUAAACAGAGGGUCUCCAAGCAAAAUGCAUACUAAUGAUGCAAAGCAAUUCUUUAUUAUGCAUUAUCAGCAUACAGCAAAAUAAAAGAACAAUUAUGGGAAGAUGUUUCUCUGGAACAACUUGACAAGUCAGACUGUUUUCUCUUAAAGAAACUUCAAGUCCUGUUUUGCAACAGUCACAUUACAACCUAACUUUGAAGUCAGAGUCAGCUAGUUAGUUUUGCAGCCACUUAGCCAUGAUACUGAUAGUCAAGCCAAGAUGAAUGGUUCGCAUUGGGAAAGAGCAUUUGCAGGCUGGAAAUGAUGGUGGGCAUUCUAGUGAAGCCAUGGGUCAGGGAGGGUGGCAUGGGCUUCCUUUUUGUAGCAACUGCUUUUGUCUUGUCUUAUCUAUACAACCUGUCCAUAGUGCCUGACAUUUCUCCACCUGAGAAAGGCAGAGACAUUAAAAUGGAGGUCUGACCUCUCCCCUAAUUCCUGAAUAGCCGCCAUUUCAACCCACAUUAAGAAGAACCCAGACCUGUGGUCCUGAGAUGGCUGACUGCACAGCCUAAUCAAGAGACUGAUGUCACCAUCAGUGAAGGCUUGUCUGACAUUUCCUUCUGCAAAGAUGAACUGACAUGAGCUUGUCUUGUAAGUAUUGUACUUACUGUAUUCCAAGCCAUCCCAGAGAAAAGCCCUUCAGAAUUUUGUAUUAGGCCACAGUUUGAUAAGACUGGGAAUCAGAAACAGCAGUGUCUUCCUCACCCUAACCUUUAAAGUCUGCUUCUGGUAGUGAUGUGGUUAAUGUACUUUCUUCUCCAUCGUUGUUAAUUCAGCCACCCUCCAAGGAGCCCAGAUCAACAUUGCUGUCCAACCUGUGAUACACACCUAUUGGAAUCUGGACAGGCUAUGUUUGGGGAGGAAUCUUAAAACUCAGAAAAGUGAGCCUGGAUUACCUGGGAUCAUCUAUGGUGUACCGAUGCAUGUUAAGUGCUGCAGUGUAGCAGGAGAUAAGGUCUACACUUUCUCUAUGCUUUAUGAGCGUACAAAUAUAAAGAGAAAUGGGAAACAAAUGACCUUUUGAUUACAUUAAGGGAAUUAACUUCAAGGACUGAAGAAGAAAUAAGCUUCUGUGAAUUUCCAGGUGUCCAUUCACAACACCAAAGGGUCUUGAUGGUACCUGGACCUCUUACUCCCUCUGCCACAUAAACAAACUGUAUUAAAACUGCCUCUAAGACUCAAAGCUGCCAGAUGGGGAGAAGCCCAUGGUUACUGUUUUUUUUUGCUUUUGAGGAAAUCAUUCCCCUCUCAGCCUGGGUCACAAACAUAGCAUCCUAGUGCCUGCCUCAGUCUCUGGCACAUCCAGCCUCUUUUUCUUAACAUUAUUAACUUAGACCUGCUUCAUGUGCAGCACCCAGGGCCAAAGUUCUCCUUAUCUUUAAGAGCUUUUGCAAUAAAAUUGCUCUCUUGUUUUUUUAAGCUUUA